CCCACUCUCCUCACGGCGUGCAUGCGUAAUUCGUUGUCGUCCUGCUUAUUUCCUCAUGCCCUCGGGCGCCUCUUUUCCCCUGAUUUCAUUUUGCUUGAUAUUCUUUUACAAGAAUCCCUCUGGCGAUACAUACUCCCUUGAAAUUCGUCAGUGGUACCUCAAAGUUGCGUCGAGGACAGCAACUGAAGUGGGAAAGAUUAUGAAUUAAGCAUGGCUACAGGAGACUUCUCAUGAUUCCGGCGCUUUUAUUCCACUGACAACCCUGAUUCAUUUGUUUGUGACAAAUGACGGCACGACAUGGCUCGACAAUAACCGAACACCUUGUCCUCAACCCCCGACUCGUCGUCUUCACCGCGCACACGAGCUCCUGCGUUUACCUUGGCCUGGGAAGGCAGGAAUGGUUGUUCUCAGUCUCUGGUUCACGUUUCUCCUUUUCUUCCUGGCACCAUCUUUUGCCCUCAAUAUCACGGUUCCCAGCAUCGUGCAUGCAGGCGAACCGACUACUCUGUACCUCGUUCAUUCUAAUGACGAUCCGUCCGAGUUCUUUUUGAAGAAAUUUUACGAACAAAAUGGCCAGUCGCUUUUGUCGAGCGAAGCGGUGUGGGUGAACAACUUUACGAGAAAUGUGAAUGCCUCGCUCGAGUUUAAUGACAAUGGGAUGUUUACGAUACAUGCCUAUGCAACAUCAGAUCCUUCCGUCGAUGACACUCCCCUUGCGCAGAGUGAACAAUUCGAAGUGGAGCGAGUGGAUGCGAUCGCACGAAUAACUAGUACCCCCUCGCCGCCGUCGUCAACUUCUGAAGCUGCAGAAUACACCGCCACCGCCAUAGCGACUUCUUCUGGCGGAUGCGACAUCCCGGUCGGUGCCAUCAUCGGAGUCACCAUAGUAUCCGUCAUUUUCCUGAUCAGCAGCGCCCUUCUCGUGUACCUACUCAUCAGAGGCAGGAAAGAACGUGCUGCAAAGAACUCUGACGCAGAAUCCAGCCCACCGGAAAAGGGUGACCAUGACGUAAGGCCAGAACGCGUCGCGCGGCCGACUUUGGCGCCGCAUCCUCGGUCUGUUCGGAAUUCGUUGAUUUCGUUGGAGGCGAGACAGGCUGCUAUGAGGGAUCUGAGGGAGCAGAUUGGGUCAUUACGGAGGAGCCUUGCUGGGGCUUUCAAGUCUGCGGAGCAUGGGGAGAGGCAUGGUGAGAAGACUGAUUCACUCGGGAGCCAGACUCGGUUAUGGGUGGAUCAUGGGACGCCGCCACCAGAGUAUUUGUCCCAUCGGUCUUCCGUCGGGGUAAUGGGAGGGUAAUUUAUUGAUAUUCGUGUUUUUCUUAUCUUUUUUAGCUCUUUGCUUUUGGAUGGAUGGCACAUACGUCAGUACGAGAUUGUAUACCAGCCAUGUCGUGUACAGGAGACGCGUUUUUCGAUGUCUGAUUUGUAUUUUGGAAUUAUGAGAGCCAUAUGCUACCAUUUGAGAACGAG